AUGGAACAAAGAAGAUUGCGCAAAGGGCCGCUGCCUGGAGGUCGCCAGGGCGCGUCUGGAGCUGGCGCUGGACGCGAUAGCAUGCGAACCGCCAGAAAAGCGCGAGGUGCUGCACGACCACCCAGCAGCCCCUCGCAUCCAUCAUCCCCACCAGCUUGCUUGGUGUCGGCAGGGUCUUCGCAGGCCCAGCAAUCGGCACCCGCCACUGGUGGAGUACGCCGCAUGCGAUGGACCAUCAAUAUGAAUACAAACGCAUUGCGGGCGUAUUUUAGGGCGAAAGGGGGAGAAAUUGGAGGUUUCGCGUAUCGGGCUAGGAUGCAUCGUCUUUUUACUGAGCUGGAGCCAUCUAUUACUGUCACCGAGCAAAACCUGGCAGACCGAGUUCGGUAUAUCUUACGCUCAAAUAUAUUUGAUGGCGCCGAACUCGAACGGCUACGACGUGAGGCUGUUCCCUCAUCAAAUGAAAACUCUACGACUGAGGGUGCGGUGCCACAAGUUGCAGAACAACCCGCAUAUAUGGAUGCCGCCGUGAAUACCCCAGUGGUUGCUGAUUCAAAUGAUGAUGGAACAUUCACCCAGGAACUAGAAAUAGAGCAAAUGAUGAGUACAUUGGAAGAGGCGAUUACGGAAACGCGCAGUACACCUCCCGAAAACCGACCACGACUUCCCCGCAUAGCCCUAAGCAAGCGAAAUCGGGCUGUCGUGAGGGCUCUGAACCCAAUGCUGGUGACCUAUUUGGAAGCCAGCCGGGACCUUUGCGAGACGGACUCAAUUCUCUUUGGCGCCGCACUGGCAGUCUGCCGUAUUAUAGGCGCCAAACUUUCCACGGCUGGACACAUUACUGGACAAAGUAGUGCUUUCCCAGCCUGGAGAACAAGAAUUGAAGAACGUAUCGCAAAGGCUAGGGCCCUCAUCGGCAGACUGAUAUGCUUCAGGUCAGGCAAUACCAGGCCAAGGAUUGUGCGCACCGUCAGGAUGGCGUUUGCUGGGACAAAUGUUAGUUUGUCCCAGCCGGAUAUAAUGCAAAAACUGACGGAGCGCAUAGAUGACCUGAAGCAGAGAAUCGCUGCUUGGGGAAAGCGAAUUCGGCGAUAUACCGAGAGGUCGACACGGUUCAACCAGAAUCGUCUCUUGCAGAGUGAUCAGAAGAGGCUCUAUAAAUGA